AGUAGGUAUUGAUCGGAUUCUAGAGUUGUUGUGCAUCUCAGUGCAAGUAAAUAGCCAAAAACGUAUUUGAUUGGAUGUUCAAAAAUUAUUUUCAGCUUAUUUCGGUUUUGAUUGGUUUCUACUUACCGUCAGAGUUGCUGAUAUACUGGGGGUGCGUCAGUCCCAAAGUGGAUGCAAGCCACUGAUUUAUGUAACCUAAUACACACUGUUGAACAUGGAGGACUCCACAGAAUUCAUCCUUCAGAAUCAAGGCUCAAGGAUGGUUUAUGGCAGUAAGGACAACCCCAUCGUGACAGCCUCCACUGGGGCUUUGCUCGCUGGCCUCUAUGGGAUGUGGACUAUGUUUGCCCUUCCUGGUUUCAGCAAAGUGCCAAGAAGACUCAAGGUACCUUUCCUACCCUCGAGUAAAGUUCAGACCAUAAACGCCAUGAAGCUGCUGGAGGGACGCAGAGGCCAACUGGCUGAUGUGGGGUCAGGAGAUGGGAGGCUGGUGUUUGCUGCCUCCUCUGCUGGCCUCCAGUGCACUGGAUUUGAGAUCAACCCUAUGUUGCUGGCAUAUGCCAGGGGGAAGGCUCGCUGGACUAGAGUGCCGUCAAGCCAGGCAAACUUUGUCAAUAAGGACUUUUGGAAGACUGAUUUGUCCAACUACAACAAUGUGACAGUAUUCCUGGCCCCUGGAGUGAUGGAGGUGCUGGGUGACAAGCUAUUGAGGGAGCUUCCUGACGACGCUUGUGUAGUCGCCUGCCGAUUCCCCUUCCCUCACUGGCCCCACCAAGCUACUCAGGGUAAAGGCCUGGACCAGGCUUGGGCCUACGACAUCAGCGCAGUGCGCUCAGCCCUGGACUAACGGUCAGGCAUGACCUUGUCGCAUCACUCUGUGACAUUAUCGCUGACCUGAUUCAUGCCAUGCAUAAUAGGCCAUUAACUCCACUACCCCAAAUGCCACCAAUGGCCUCUUGAACACAUUUUGUUUGUUGAAACAUGUGAAAGGUGGGGUGCAUGCCAAGCCUCAUUGGUGAAAUGUAAAGGAAGGGUAUGUUAAUAUGUCUGUACAGGUGCCAAAUACUGUAUGUUAGGACACAUGCAUUU